CACACACACAAACGAAAGUAGGUUUUUCGUGUCCAAGGCAGACACCCGGAAUGCACGUUUAUUGUAAGAGGACUGUUCAUUUGUGCAUACUACUGGAUACACGCUACAACACCACUUGCAGAUAUUUCAUUCGACAGGGUGAAGAUGACUCUCAGUAAUCUGACAAUCGCGGAGGAGGUGCAGCUGUUCCAGAGAGAGACUCACUGUAAUCUGACCAUCGGGGAGGAGGUGCGGGUGUUCCAGAUGGUGACGGCCAUCCCCACGUUCGUCCUCGGUGUUCUGGUCAACUCUGCGGUACUGGUGCUCUUCUGUCGGCAGUGGCGGAACUGCAGCGACAUGAUGGUGUACCUGACCAACCUGGCACUGGCCGACAGCUGCGUCCUGGUGUCGCUGCCCUUCAGGAUGUACUCGUACCAGAACCCCUGGCCCUUCUCCAUCAGCUCCUGCCUGGUCUUCGUCUCCACCUACUUCGUCAACAUGUACGUCAGCAUCUUCACCACCGUGGCCAUUAGUGUCGUCCGCUACGUGGCUGUUAAGUACCCCUUCAGGGCGCGUGCUGUUAUGUCCCCGUGGAUAGCACUGGUGGUGUGUGUGAGCAUCUGGGUCUAUAAUGCCUCUGUGAGUGCGGCUUUCCACUCGGUAGAUAAGCCGAAAGGGAACUCGUCAGAAAACUUGUCUGGUUUCAAAUGCUUUCAGAAGAACUCUGACCAACCGCUGCCCCUCUCCUUCAUCGUGUUGCUGGUCGGGGUGGGUUACGCGCUGCCGUUCAUCAUCAUCACGUUCUGCUCAGGGGCGGUGAUCCACACCCUCUCCAGGAAAACGGACAUAGACAGUGAUGGCACACAGAAGAGCAAGUCGGUGAACAUCAUCACUGCCAACCUCGCCAUCUUCAUCGUCUGCUUCUCGCCACUCCACUUCGGCUACCUGUUCAAAUUCCUGUGCGAGACCUACUCAGAUGACUGUGCCCUGCUGCAGUUUGCCCACUCGUUCGUCCACGUGGCCAGCAGCUUGGCGUCCACCAACUGCUUCCUGGACGCCUUCAGCUACUACUUCCUGGCGCGUGGCAGCUGGGGGACUCUGAAGGACGCGUUCUGUGGCACCCAGCACAAGGAGAGGGUCAACAAUGUGACCUGACACAGUCAACCCUCUUCUACAUGAGGGUUCCCGCGGGUCAUGGAAUUUCUGGAAUAUCAUGGAAUUUUCUAGUCCAUGACAUGGAAGGCCAGGGAAUUUUAUCAUUUUGGGGGCAGUACUGUUGUUUGUUUAAAAUUUUAAAUUCACUUGUGUGUAUUUAGUUAUUAUCUUUACUUAAGGUGACCAGAUGUCCAAGAUCAAAACCGGGACAUAAUCCCAAACAAUUGGAAAAAAAAUGGGAACAUUCAGUUUGGCUAGGCCUAUCAAUCUGAUUGAAAAGUUUUACCUUAAAAAAAAAAAACGGGGACAUAGUUAGUUUUUCUGUAUUUUCUCGGGGACAACUUAUUCCUGCUCUGAAAAUGAAAAAGACUCUUGAACACUGCAUGACUACACUGAAUCGUUGGUUAGGCUAUAUUGUACCACACUAUUGUAAAUCAUGGAAUUUCAGGUUUUUUGUCUGGGAAAAUCAGGGAAAAGUUAUGGAAUUUUAGAUGAUUUUAGAUCAGAUUAAUUUUGUUUACAGCAGGGCUGUACACUUAGCUUUUUCACUAGGAGCAUAGGUGCUCCUAAAUGAAAAAAUUUAGGAGCACAGAAAAAAAUUUAGGAGCACUAUGAAAUUUCAUUGAAAACCUUAUUGCCUUAAAGGUAUACUAUGCAACGUUUUUCAGUUAAUCAAUUCGUUCCAUACUGUUAUAUAUGAUUAAAUGGGUCAUUACCGGUCGAACUGUGUUUUUUUUGGCCGCUCUAGUGGUCU